AUGUUUUGCACUGUCCACGGUGCUGAAAACUAUUGUGGGCCGAAUGACACAGCCAUCACAUUUGACAGGGCUCACAGGGCCGCUAGGCCCAGAAAUCUACCCCCUGAUAGGCCACGAGACCUUAUCUGCCGCAUCCACAAUUUCCCCUUAAAGGAGGAAAUCUUCUGUAAAACCCGCCAAAACAAAGAACUAACAAUAGACGGCCAACUGGUGACUGUAUUUCAGGACCUGGCACCAUCCACAUUACAAGCAAGGCAAGCCUUGCGGCCCAUCACACAGGCCCUGUUAGAGAGACAAAUUAAGUUCAGAUGGAAUUUCCCGUUUGCACUGACAGUCAACCUCCAGAACAAGACCCACACUAUCUCCUCACCAGAGGAUGUUCCCGAAUUCAAGAGGGCACUGAAGCUGCCGCCAUCCGAAGUGGAAGACUGGACAGGACUAGCGGCCAACCCGACAAGACAGCCCUCACAAAAGCCCAAGUGGCAAAGAUCUCCAAGGAAAAGGCACAGACAAAACCACCCCGGCAUAGACACAAGCGCUUCAACCAGGGACGAACCAGCCUGA